AUGUUUUUUCUUGUGAUCUUUUUGCUAUUCCCAAUUUCCAGCCAAGAUUCAAGUUCGGAAGAAUUUGAAAUUCUUCUUGAGGAGCGCCGAAAAAUUCCGGAUAGAAAUUGGUUUUGUGGAGCGGGUUGGAAAUCGAGAUGGUUUGCGUAUGGAUGGAUGAAGGCGUGUUUUGCUGGACAAUGUGAGUUUGGGCUGGGCUUAUUAGGAUUCUGAUCUUAAGAUGUUUAUAGAUGGAUUUAAUCAUCAAUGUGCAAUUCAUGAUGAUUGCUAUGAUCAACAAAUGGGCCAAGAGAAAUGUGAUGAUCAAUUUUGCGAAGGAAAUGCAGUGAGCAAAAAAAUUUCAAGAUUAUUUUCAGAUGAAUCUAGGUUAAUUUUAGGUUACAGCCCAGAAUUAGACCUAAAGUUUAGGUCUAAUUUUAAGCUUGAUUAAGGUUCAUAAAAAUAACUUUAAAAAUCACCCUAGACUCAAAAAAACCCCGAAUUUUCCAGCUCAUCGCCAAAAACGACGGCAGAGGUUUUUGCAAGCCAUACGUCGACGGAUCUUGUCUAGCGGUAAAACAAUACGGAGCUCCAGCUUACGCAAGUGCCGCAACUCAUCAAAAUAAUUACGUGCCUUAUUUGAUGCACAGAAAUGAGUUUGGUGCAAUUUAUAAUGAGAUUUUCACGGGGUGUAAACUUCAGAAUGGUAUGUCAUAAAUCAGAAUUUAAGAUCUAGGCUCAAAAAUUUUCAGCAACUUUUUCAAGCUGUGGGUAUAAUUACGAAGAAUGUCUUAUUUAUAAAUACGAAAAAUGCGGUGAAAAUCUGAAAACGUGCAUUUUGGACACUAAAAACUACCGUACAUCGGAGCCAUCUUGCGAUUUGGUAGUGGAAAAAGUGGCGGAGCAAAUCAAAUUUUGA